UCAAACAAAGCAAAAUUAAAAAGAGUUUCAAUUUUGAGAUGAGUUCUACGAGCAAGGCAUGGGCUGUGGCGGCGAGCAUCGGUGUCGUGGAGACAUUGAAAGACCAAUUAGGCGUUUGCCGGUGGAAUUACGUUCUCCGGUCGAUUAAUCAGCAUCUCCGGAAUAAUGUUAGACCCAUUUCUCAGACCAAGAAGCUCUCCUCCUCCUCUUCUGCCACCGCUUCCGCCGUCUCCUCCGGUAAGGCGAAGCAGGCUGAGGAAUCGCUCCGAACGGUCAUGUACUUGAGUUGUUGGGGUCCCAAUUAGGCUUUUCAACAUCUCUAUUCGAUGAAAUUUCCACAGCAAAGUCCCAAAUCUUUGUCACCUAAUCGAGAAAUUUGGAAACUUUAUUCAUCGCCAUGAAUUUGGAAGGUCUGCAUAGUAUAGAGUCAUAAGAGAACAGGCAAAAAGGAGCCUCAUGUUUUUGUGUAUAUAAUU